ACAGAUGAUCUCUUUGAUCCUUUGGAGGAUUCACAAACACUGAAUACCUUUACAAGAAGGGAUCAUCUCUUUGCACGGUUGGACUUUAUCCUUGAGAAAGCAGCUGUCACCCUGUACCAUCAAGACAAAAUGAAACCUCUUUCGAAUGAGAGCGGGGUUAUUCAGCUGGAGUUUUCAGGUGUGAAGAUCAGAGUUGAGUCUCUUCCUCGCUCAGAGUCUUCAUUACUCUCAGUGAAACUUGGUGGGCUGUUUCUCCGUGAUCUCACUACCCAGGGCUCCAUCUUUCCUGUCCUUGUUUCACCAAAACCAGACAAGGUUGCUGUUGCUAUCAGUCAACCUUUUGAGCAGACUAACUGCACAGAAAUGAGCAAUCUAUCCUCUGAUGUGGAAUCAUCAGCCCCUCCUGUAUUUGAGAUGAUUUAUGAACGUAAUCCAAUAAGGA